AUGGACGACCCAGCGGCCCGCGUCCCCGGGCAAUUGCUCCCCCAUAUGCACCUGGUCUCCCGUCAUCGCUACCCGCUUAUGCAUAUGAUGCCUACCGACACCGUCGUCGAGUAUCUCCUGUCCGCCCAGAAGAUCGUGCGCGAAGCUCAGCCCAUGCACUGGACCUUUCUCGAUGGUCCCCAGGAUGGAACCGUGAUGCUCACCUGGCAGCCCCUCAAUCAUCUCGGGACCAACUUCGCCAGUGAUGGCUAUGUCUGGGCCGAUGUCGAACAAGCUUUCACCUUCGAAGCUCGUGGUUAUGCCGUCGAAAUGUUCCUACACCGCAGCGGUUACCACCCUCCCAAUGAGUCCAUGGCCAUCCAUUGUCGCCGAAGAUACCGUCUCCUACCUGGAAAAAUGCCGAACCCGAACAUGCCUCCGCCAGACCCAUCGCUCUGGAUCGUGCAUUACUCCCGAGCACCCCCCACUGAUCACAUCCCCGCCAACCGAAUCCCGAUUCUUCCCCAAGUUCAAGCCACUCUCGCCCAGCGUCGUUUUCUUCAGAGUCAGGGUCAAUUAGCCCGCAAAGACUUCAUGUUGCAUGACCGCAACAACUGGCCGACCAUCAACUUCCCCCCUCAGAUGGCUCCGCAGGGAUUCCAACAGGUUCCCGGCCCGUAUCCAAACCCUAUGGCUGGGCGCCAGCCGUUCUACCCUCCUCCUGGGCCUGGCAUGCCUGCCCCUGCUCCCGCGGUACCGGCCAAAGCCCCGCGCGGCCACCGCGCAUCGUCCGCUGCCAUGAACGCCGCCACUGCCGACUUCGCUCUGGAAGAUGAAGACGUCUCGGCAGGAGACAUGAUGGACCUCUUGACGCCCCGCGAAGUGAGCAAAAUGCGCUACCAACAACACCACGAGUGGAUGGAGGAAAUCUUCGCGUCGCCAUACGCCAUCAGUCAGAUCACACCUGUCUCGCUGGGGCUAGGCCGUAAGGGUGAGUUGGAGUCGUUGACGGCGGGCUUCUUCGAUGCCCCCGCGGCGCCCACUACCGGCGAACACAAGGAGGAACCUGUCGCCGCCACCAAGAUGGAGCCCGCCAAGGCGGAGGAGUUCGCCGAUCGCGUGGCCAAGAAGGUCGCUGACAUGACCGCGGAAAUCGAGAAACUGAAGAAACGUCACGCCCGGCGCAUGGAGAAGUUCAACCGCACGUCACUCCUCAAGAACGCGGAAUUCAAACUCCGCGAGGCGGCUGCCGACCCUGAGGAGUUGGGCACGGAGGUUUGGCGUCUCGAGGGUCGCAUCGUGGUUCCCACCGAGGACGAGGAUGAGACGGAACCCCGUCCAGUGUCGGACCCCAAGGCGAAGUUCAAGGUGGACGAUGUGGUAAAGGAGGUCGAGCAGGCGUGGCAGAAACCGAUCGUACCCGAGCCGAAGGUCUCGUGCGUGCAAAAAGGUGGUCUCUUGGAAAAGAUUGAACCGGAACGAAAGGAAGAACCGACUGGAGGCGACGUGGAUAUGGGUCAAGUCGAGAGCAACCUGCUGGAUCAGUUCAGCACCCUUCCCUCGACCGAAUCCGUUCCUACUGCCCAGGCACAAGCCGGGCAACCCCCAGCUGCUCCUCCCGUGGCGCAUGCCUCGACGACAGACGCUGCACAGGCGGGCGGCUUGGAUGUAGAAAUGGACCUUGGGGAUGGGAAGCCUGGCACGGCUGCCGGCGAGACCGGAGACUGGGUGAUGGUGCCGGAAGAAAAGAAAGCGGACAAGCCCACCGCGACCUCGGGUAACGGUCUCCAAGGGUUGACCCCAGGAAACACCGGUAGCGCUGGGGAUUCGGCCCUCGAUGGAGCCAACUUCGACUUCACCGGCAUGGACAGUGCGGGCGAUGCGCUGGCGGCGUACACGGAACAGAAUGACGGGCUGGAUCUUCCGGAUCUGGAGAAUUCGGCCUUUGGCGAUGCCUUCCAUGCGUCGGAUAAUGAAAACAUGCACCAUCAUGAUGCGGAUGACAUGUCCUGA